GAUGUCAUCGCGAUUCGUGUAACAAUUCAUACCACAGGCAAGUUCUUCGAAGACGACGAUCGCAGUGGAAACCAUGCCUCGAUCUACCUUCUCACAUCAAUUAAUCAGUUCGCCUUAACAUGACGAAAUUAGGAGCAGACGCUACAAUGGGCACAUUUCAAGCCACAUAUUGCAGGUACCAACAAACAAACAGUUCACUAAGAGACUUCGAUCUCACAGCUACCAGUCAAGGUUUAAAAGUUGGGCAAAUUUUACAGCUCGUCUAUAAUAAUGGGCGUGACAAGUAUCAGCUUGCUCGCAGCGGCUUGGGCUGUAGACACUGGGUAAAAACCGUUAUCAGGGACUUAGAUGGUGCCGGAUUUGUCUCAUCAAGAAGUCGUGUUACAACCGAAGAUGCUGUUAAUGGCUUGAGAUAUAACUACUCGAAAGGCAAACAACCCGUGUUAGAAGAGAUGGAUCCGGGUACUUUCGUAGCAGAUAAAAAUAAAGCCAAGGGGAAAAAGAGCACUGAUACAAAAGGCACGGGUUCCGGUUCCGAGCCUGGAAGACGUCGUUAAACGAAACGAAGGUUUCAAGGCAAUAUUAUAGGAAUUUUGGCUAUACGAGUAUUUUGGAAUAUCA